UUUUUAGCAAUAUUCUAAACAACCAAACUGAACAAACAAAAUGAAAGCAGCUUUUGUAAUUUUCGCCUUGUGCCUGGUGGCCGCCAAUGCCGGCACCAUUCCCCAACCUCCCAUCAACUAUGAGGGCAUGGUCGAUGAUGUUAUAGCCGAAAUGGGACAAAUUGCCAAGGAGGCAGCUGUGGCUCUGCAACAUCAAGUUGAGGAAAUUGUUUUGGAUCCUUUGCAACAGGUUGAGGCUGCUGUUGAGAGUAUUGAAGAGUUGCGUGAAGAAAACGAUGUGUGUGUAGCGGCUGAAGACGAAAAUGUCGUGGCCACCGUUGAUGCCAUGCACAAGGAUAUGACUGUUUGUGGAACUGUAGCCGCCAAGACCUCUGCGGAAAUUAUGACUGACAUCAGUGCUGCCACCCAACAAUUGGUGUUCGAUGGUUAUGAUGUCGUACGCACCUACCAGAAAUGUCAGAACUAUAAAAACCCUGUGUUGAAGAACUCUUGCUAUGCCCGCUUAACCAUUAAGGCUACUUUGUACCUGAACAAUGCCCGCAAAUCCAUUAACACCAUUAAACAAAGUACUAACGAACGUAUCCCAGCAGUUAUGGUUGAGGCUGAUACCUGCACCCAUAGUGCGGCCGAUGUUGCCGUCGAAGAGUUGGACGUUAUUCAAGCCAAUAUUAAUGUUUGCAUUGCUAAAGCUUAAAAGGAAAAUGGAAUGUUGUGUUGUUUAUUGAAAAUAAAUUUUAUACUGUGAUUUGUUGAAA